CUCCCGAAUAUAAACGAUAUCGACGUCUUCAAAUUUUCUCAUUUUUUAUGAACAAAAAUCUCGACAGCGAAAACAACCAUACAAACAAGGACAAGUCACACUCACCGCUUCUCUCCCCCAAUUAAACCCCAUUUCCUUUCUCUCUCAAAAUCUCACAACAAUUUGCUGCAAAUUCGAACAAUCGAUAGCUCAGAACCACUGCAGCCGAAAGCUAUGGGUUUGGAGAGCGUGGGCGGGCUGGCGAUGCACGUUAUCCUCUCCAAAUCGGGCCCCGGCGAAGCCGCCUCCGUCGCCUGCCUCGGCAGGCGAUUUCGGGCCUGGGCCUCCGAUGACAUGCUAUGGGCUCAAUUCUGCUCGCACGAGCUCGAUCUCACCUCCCCUCUUGAUCCCGAUGGGAGUCCCGCCCCUUCGUUCAAGGCAGCUUAUCAAGCAUGGCGAGAAAGCUUUUCCAUGUAUCCAUGGCCACUAGUCUUACGGGUUAAAAGGUGUUGGAGCAAGAUUAGGGCAUGGUUGGUAGUAAACUUUCCAGAGGCUUCGCCAACUCUGCGCAAAGGCGCGUCAGAAGAGGAGAUUGAGGAUUUUGAGAAAACUUUGAAGGUAAAACUGCCGCUUCCUACAAGGGUACUCUACCGAUUCUGUGAUGGUCAAGUGCUGCCGGAUGAAGGUUUUAGUGGAGGCAUGCCGUCAAGUUUGUUGGGUAUAAUUGGUGGCUACACUCUAUACGAUCACUUGGUGAAUGUGUUCUUGUUACCCUUGAGCCAAAUUGUAGUUGACACGAAGAGUAUUAUGCAUCAAAUCGGGUUGAGCAGUAGAUCCAACUAUGUUGUAGUGGCAGCUUCUGCUACUUAUAGUGAAAAGGUUUUCUUUUUGAACUGUGGCAGUGGCCAGCUUUUCGUUGGCACGAGGAAUCUUGUGACAGAUGGAGAGAUGCUGCCCUGUGUGCCCGACACAUUGAUCAGUUCAGUGCAUGAUCGAUUGGGAAGUGAACAGCAGGAUGCCAUGCUGUUGUGGCUUGAAGAACAUGGCCGUAGAUUGCAAGAAGGCCUUAUUAAAGUUCGCCAACAAGGGAAAAUGCGAAGCAUCAAUUUGUUCCCGGAGGAGCCACCCUUAUGCACGUCUGCCAUAACAAAUGGUGUUAAGGUUCGUGCUUCUGCUGUGUUUCUGCCCGAGUUCAGCAACCUUCAAGAUGAAUCGGAGAAGUUUUUGUUUGCUUAUUCGAUUCGCAUGUCUCUUUCACCCGAUGGCUGUGUCAUCAAUGGGCUGACCUUCAGCUCUUGCCAAUUGUAUUGGAGGCAGUGGAUUAUACGUGCCAAUGAUGCUAUCGUUUCUGACGUAAAUGGGGAAGCUGUGAUUGGACAGUUUCCACUACUUCGUCCUGGUGAGGCGGAGUUUGUUUAUGAGAGCUGUACGUCUCUACCUGCUUCCAAAGGAUCGGUUGAAGGCUCUUUUACUUUUGUUCCUGGAAGGUUAGUUGAUGCAAAAGGUAGCCCCUUCGCUGUCGAAGUAGCUCGAUUUCCCCUUGCGCUGCCGGACUACAUCUUCUGAUAAACAUCCUGCCCUGCUAGGUUUGUUAGAACUUACUUGCAAGGUUCUAAUGGUGGUGCAAAUUGAAACUUUGUUAUGUUAUGUGAUAUCCUCAGCAUUCUUUCAUUAGUGUGUUUUAUUCCUUUUUAUUUGUAAAGAAUGUGUAGUUUCGUAUAUGAUAUGAUGCUCUCUGCUUGUUUGUUGGUUGGAAUAAUGGUGUAAUUGCUUUGUACUACUAUAGAAGAUGAGAAAUAAUUUGGGAAUGAAUUCUUUUGGCAAAA